UGCGAAGGUUCAUUCCAUGCACUCAGUGACAGUGUCAUCUUCACAUUGUUAUUGCUCAAACGAGUCGAUUCAAUCUAUAAAUUUAUUAUCUUUCUUCAACGAAAAUGGGAAAAUUUAAGAACUGCUUGGUUUGGCUAAGAAACGAUUUGCGGUUUCAUGAUAACGAGGCAUUGCUAUGGGCCCAUGAAAAUGCAGAGACGAUAACACCUUUAUUUUGCUUUGAUCCUCGCAUGUUCGCUACAACUCAUCGAUAUCAGUUUCCGAAAACUGGAAACUUUCGUUCGAAGUUUUUGAUAGAAUGUGUGGAUGAUUUAAACAGAACGAUUAAGGCCAAGGGAAGUGGGCUCAUCAUUCUAUCUAAACGGCCUGAAGAAGCACUGGCAUUCAUUCGAGGAAAAUGCAAAUUCGAGGCUAUUGCAUUUCAGAAAGAAAUAACAAAAGAGGAAAUCAACGUAGAACGUGAAUGUGAGAAUUUCUGUCUGCAAAAUAAUAUCACUUUUCAAGCCAUCUGGGGAUCAACUCUAUAUCAUAAGGACGAUCUUCCGUACGAUGUUAAAAGCACCCCGGACACAUACACUCAGUUCAGAAAAGACGUGGAGACUCGCAGCAAAGUUAGAACCGAAAAACGAAUGCCAGAAAAACUAAAACCGCUCCCAGCUGAAUUGGUUGGUAUAUCCGAGAAGAUUCCAUUAUUGCAGGACUUGAAAUUGGAAGAGCCGAACCUUCAUGCCAACUCUGCUUUUCCCUUCAAUGGAGGUGAAACAGCAGCUUUACACCGGCUAAAAUCCUAUUUGUGGGACACUCAAGCUGUUGAAAAGUAUAAAAUUACACGAAACGGUCUGCUGGGCUCUGAAUACUCGACCAAAUUGAGCCCCUGGCUUGCUUUUGGAUGCAUAUCACCGCGGCGCAUAUUUUAUGAAAUUAGGAAGUAUGAAACGGAACGCGUUAAGAAUGAUUCAACAUAUUGGGUCAUAUUUGAGCUGUUGUGGAGAGACUAUUUCCGGUUUGUCGCCGUAAAGUAUGGGAAUUCGUUAUUCUAUUCCGGUGGCAUUAAGAAAAUGAAAUACAAAUGGACUGAAGAUAUGGAACAAUUCAAAAAAUGGGCAGAUGGGAAGACUGGCGUUCCUUUUGUGGAUGCAAAUAUGCGAGAACUGCUUCAAACCGGUUGGAUGAGCAAUAGAGGUCGACAGAAUGUUGCUAGUUUCCUCACAAAAGAUCUGAAACUUGACUGGCGCCUGGGAGCUGAAUGGUUCGAGUAUCUACUGAUCGACUAUGAUGUUUGCAGCAAUUACGGUAAUUGGAAUUAUUCCGCAGGAAUCGGAAAUGAUCCGAGGGCAGAUCGAAAAUUCAAUAUGAUCAAACAGGCGUUGGACUACGAUGCGGAAGGUGAGUUUAUAAAACUCUGGAUACCAGAAUUGGUCAAUAUUCACAAAACGGGAAUUCAUGCUCCGUGGACAUUGCGUCAAGGUGAAUUAGGUGGAGUUAAAUUAGGAAUCGAUUAUCCCAAUCCGAUGGUCACCGCUCAGGAGUGGAGCAGACACUUACAUAAAUCGAAAUCCUCAGAUUGGGCAGCAGCAUCAAAAUCAAAACAGAAAGGGCAUGACUUCUACUUCAAACCGAAUACAUCACGUAAGUAAGUUAAAGAACAUUAUGAUAAUAGAGCGAUAUGAACAGAAUCGAAAUGUUGUACUUACAUAGUCUAUGCCAUCUAGUCUAUUGUAUUGAUGUAAGUCACCAAUUUCUAGUAGUUUUAAUCGAUUCUUCUGUUAUAAAAUUCACCGAACCUAAUCCGUAAAAUUCGUAAAAAUGGAAAUAGAAAUUAUCUGGCAUCUCCAUCUCAUUCAAAGUGUUCAAAUAAGCUUUCUUGAUGUAUAAAGUUUCGUUGGCUAGAUGUCGCAAAGAGUGUUGUUUGAAGCUCAAAUAAAUAAUUCUCGUAUGUGA